GUCGGCGGCGCGUGCCAUGCGCGCGGGGGGGCGGGCCCGGCGGCGUUAACCCCUCUGCGGCCGUGACCCCGCGGCCCGGGGGGACGGGACCGAUGUAGCGUCCGUCCGCGCGGGAGCGGAGCGCGCAGCCAUGGCCGACGCCGAGCGCGCCCCGGAGGCGGCGCCGGCGGACCCUGAGCCCGAGCGGGGCGAAGCGCAGACGGACGGGGAGAGCGGGCGGCUGCCGCCCCCCGAGGAGGCGGCGGAGGCGGCGGCGGAGGGCGCAGGGGACCACGAGGCGCGGCCGUCGGAGGGCGGCGCGGCGCAGCCCGGGCUGAGGCCGCGGUACCGCGCGGCCGUGGGGCGCGCCCAGGAGUGGCCCGCGAAGAAGAAGCACCGCCGUCGGCCGUCGAAGAACAAGCGGCGCUGGAAGCCCUACUCGAAGUUGAGCUGGGAGGAGAAGCAGCAGUUCGACGAGCGGCAGAGUCUGCGCGCCUCGCGGCUCCGCGCAGAGAUGUUCGCCAAGGGGCAGCCCGUGGCCCCCUACAACACCACGCAGUUCCUGAUGGAGGACCACGACCAGGAGGAGCCCGACCUGAAAACCGGGCUGUACCCGCGGCGCUCCGCCGCCAAAUCGGACGAUACGAGCGAGGAGGACUUCCUGGAGGAGGCGGCCGAGGAGGACGGCGGCAGCGAUGGGAUGGGGGGGGACGGCAGCGAGUUCCUGCAGAGGGACUUCUCGGAGACGUACGAGCGGUACCACGUGGAGAGCCUCCAGAACAUGAGCAAGCAGGAGCUGGUGAAGGAGUACCUGGAGCUGGAGAAGUGCCUCUCCCGCAUGGAGGACGAGAACAACCGCCUGAGGAUGGAGAGCAAGAAGCACGGCGAGGCGGCGGAGGCGGCGCGGCUGCUGGAGCUGGAGGUGGACCGGCUGCGGGCGGAGAACCUGCAGCUGCUGCGGGAGAGGGACCUGCGCGCGGCGGAGGCGGCUCCGGAGUGAGCGACCCCUCCGAGCGCGGAGCUGCGGGACGCGGCGCUCAGCCCUCCCCCUUUGGAGGCGGGUGGGGAGGGGUCGCUGUCAAAGUGAACUCAUGAUGAUGCUUUUUUUUUUUUUUCCCCCCCUCCUCCUCCUCCUCGUGUGUGUGUGUGUUUAAACCAAAAACAAAAA